GGAGCUGCGAUUGGCUGCGCCGUCGCGUUUAGGCGCUGACCAAUGGGUGGGCAGGAUUCUAGGGUGCGAGUAUGGCGGACCGGCUCACGCAGUUGCAAGACGCGGUGAAUUCGGUGAGGUGUCGCGCCGCGUCGGGGCGGCCGAAGCCCGGGUGGCUCCUGGUCCCGCUCCCCCACCAGUGGGCGUGGAUCGCGGGGGAGUUCUCUUUUAGGGAGACGAGAGGGGGUCCCGGGCUUGCUGACCAGUUCUGCAAUGCUAUUGGGGUGCUGCAGCAAUGCGGCCCACCUGCCUCGUUCAGCAACAUCCAGACCACCCUCAACAAGGACCAGCCAGCCAAUCCUACGGAAGAAUAUGCCCAGCUCUUUGCAGCAUUGAUUGCUCGUACUGCUAAGGAUAUAGAUGUUUUGAUAGAUUCGUUACCUAGUGAAGAAUCAACAGCAGCUUUGCAGGCUGCUAGUCUGUAUCGAUUAGAGGAGGAGAACCAUGAAGCAGCUGCCCGCCUGGAGGAGGUUGUCUAUCGUGGGGAUAUGCUAUUGGAAAAAAUCCAGAGUGCGCUAGCCGAUAUUGCUCAAUCACAGUUGAAGACAAGAAGUGGUACUCCUAGCCAACCUGUUUCAGACUCAUAGCAGCAGGGGGCAGCAUGUUGCUGCAAAACUGGACUAAAAAAAAUCCUAUUUCUAAAGAAUUCUGCAUCAAAUACGUACUGUAAUAUCAAGCCUUACUGUUGUGAGAAUUUAAGUGUUCUGAUUAUGGUAAAUGUAACUUAUUUAAAUCUUGUACUACAGUCUCAAUUCUGGCAUGAAAUAUGUAUAAGCUAGGAUUGCUGCUUGUUCUAGAACUGCAUUUAAUAUACUUACUCUUAAUUCAAUAUGUUAAUUUCUUUUAAAUCUUUUUUAUUUUUUAUGCAUAGAUAUGUCUGACUUAGUCUGAGCUGUUAUCUUUAUGAAGCAAAUGUAGUCCUUAAAGGAACUGUACAAGGUAAAAUACUCUGUGCAUAACCAAGACUUCAAAUCUCCUGUUGUAGGUUUUCUCCAUUGUUAUGUAAGUCUUAAGCACAAAACUAUGAACUUGCCAGAGGCAGUGAGGAAACCACUAGACAUUCUGAGGUCAACAUAACUACAUGGCUGUACAUGCUAUGUAUUACCAUUCAAACUGCAUGAUACUGACUGUUUGCAUCUCUUUACCAGUUUACAGCCUACAAGCUUUCCUGACAUCUUUAUUCUGUUUAAAACUUAAAGUGGACAGUUAAUCUUAGUAUUUCCUUUCACUUCUGAUUCACAAAUGAGUCUGUGGGCUAGUUAAGGUUUUUGACAUGCUUAAUGGCUGCUUGUAGGCAGCAGAAAGAUGGUAGGUAGGUAGGUAUGUUAAAAGAGACAAUGAGGCAUCAUUCAUUACAACAGAAGUGUUGGGAAAGAAGCAGAAAUCUCCACAGGAGACAGAAGUUAGCAAUUGAAGAAAUGAAAAUAACUUAUUUUUUUUAACUAAUAGUUUUUGUAAGCAGUUGCUAUAGCUUGUACUUGUGUGACUGUAAAUGAGAGAAGAAGGCUCCAAGAUACUCUUACCAGUUUCUCCCCAGUAAAUAAACUGGUGUCUUUAGUGCACAAUGAUGAGGACAGUGGAAUCUUUGUCUUGUGUGAAAAAUAAUUUCAAGGGAGAAGGAGCCUGGGGGAAGGGAAAUAUAGGUUGCAAGAAAAUUGCCCCCAGUACAGGUUCAUUGUACAAU